CCAGUGUAUAAUUGAAGUUUCUUUAGUUUCUCCGGCGGAGCCUGCACGCAGUAUUGUCCGAUCCGUGGAGGGAUUAAAUACACAACCGCGGGACCAUGUUUUCCAGGAACCUGAACGUGUGUGUGAGCCUGUGUUUGUGGAUUACCGCGUUAACGAGCCCGGGGAGUGUGUCCGCGAGGAAGCAGGACGACUCUUUCUUCACUGCCAGUAUUUACCGAGCAAGAUGCGCCUCGAGAUGCCUCAGUCUGCACAUCACUCGCAUCUCUGCUUUCUUCAAGCACUCUCAGAAUAAUGGAUCCUUGGUGUGGUGCCAGAAUCACAAGCAGUGCUCCAAGUGCCUGGAGCCCUGCAAGGAAUCCUGGGACCUGAAGGAAAACCAGUGCCAGGAUUUAUGCGAGCCCCUCUUCCCCAAGAAGCACUAUGAGUGCCUCACUAGCUGUGAGUUCCUGAAGUCCGUAGAAGGAGUGAAGCAAGGUGACUGUCCGGCGCCGGAGAAGGCCAGCGGCUUCGCGGCAGCCUGCGUGGAGAGCUGCGAGGAGGAUGGAGAGUGCUCGGCUGUCAAGAAGUGCUGCUCAAACGGCUGCGGCCACACCUGUCAAAUGCCCAAGAAUCUAUACAAAGGAGUCCCUCUGAAGCCGAGGAAGGAGCUGGUGUUUUUGGAGCAGCCGUCGGGGCAGCUGGAGAUCCGCUGGUCAUCCAAGUUCAACAUUUCCGUGGAGCCUGUUCUCUAUGUGGUGCAGCGCCGCUGGAAUUAUGGCAUCCACCCGAGCGAGGACGAUGCUACAGAGUGGGAGACUGUGUCUCAGACUGCAGAGGAGCGCGUCCAACUGGCUGACAUCAGAGCCAGCAGAUGGUACCAGUUCAGAGUGGCUGCAGUCAACGUCCACGGGACCCGCGGCUUCACUGCGCCCAGCAAACACUUCCGCUCCUCCAGAGAUCCCUCAGCCCCUCCCACCCCAGCCAGCCUGCGAGUCACCAACGUGACGCAGGGCGAAGAAGGCCUGAUCACAGCCCGUCUCAACUGGACCCUGCCGGAGGAGCCCGACAUCCCUGUGCACCACUACAAAGUGUUCUGGAGCUGGACGGUGCCCACCAAGUCUAUGGUGCCAUCCAAGAAGAAAAGGAGAAAGACCACCAACGGGGCUCAGAGCUGGGUGGACCUGGAGGGGCUGCAACAGAACAGCAGUUAUACUGUGGAGCUGCAGGCGGUGACGUACUGGGGACAGGUGCGUCUGAAGAGCUCCAAGGCUUCUCUGCACUUCAACACCAACCAGAAUAAUGACUCAGUGAAACCUGCACUCAAGUCAAAGAAGGAGGAGAUAUCACCUCUUGGUUCAACCUUGGCCAAACGCCCAUCUGGCCCUCUGGAGGUGGGAACGCCCUUCUACCAGGACGGCCAGCUUCAGGUCCGAGUCUACUGGAAGAACCGGGGAGACCCCGCCGUUAGCCGCUACCACGUCCAGUGGAUGCCAGAGUACUGCAGCCACAACGAGACUCGAGGACCAGAGAAAUCUGUCACACAGGAGAACUACAUCAACCUCCCCGGCCUGCUGUUCUCCUGCAAGUACAAAGUCACUGUGCACAUGCUGAAGUCUAAGAGACGCUCCAAGGACGAGAGCACCACCUUCCUCACCCCAUCCUGCGCCACCAUCCGGAGCAAGACUCACAAACACAUCCCCUGCCCGGGGGAGGGAGCUCCAGCACUUCCAAAAGUCUUGGCUAAACCAGAGAACCUGACCGCCUCUUUCACCAUCAACGAGGGAAACAUCACCGGCAACUUCUUGUGGCGUGUGUCCCGGGUGGCUCCCAAUCAGCGAAUCACAGGCUUUCAAGUCACCUGGGCUGAGAUCACCACUGAAAGCCGACAAAACAGCCUCCCUAACAGCAUCAUCUCCCAGUCCCAGAUUCUGCCUCCAGAUCAUAACUUGCUUGUAGUGUCCAAUCUGCGGCCGUCCACCUACUACAGACUUGAAGUGCAGGUCAUAACAACUGGAGGAGAAGGUCCCGCCACUGUCAAGACCUUCCAGACCCCGAACACAUUACCAGUCAUUCAACACCGACCCAGACUCCGGCAGCACCACUCUCACCACCAGAAACCUUCAGUAGAGAGACACUGAGCUGCAAAAUGGAGGCAAACACCCGAUAGGGAGAAGAACCAGUAGCUCUCUGUUCCUGUCUGUCAGGGAAGGAAUGUGUGGAACCAAACAGAAACACAGCGCACCAGACCAUGAACUGACCCCCUCUGUUGUCAAAUCUGGGUCCAUCCUCUCCAGGCUCCACAACACAUCAGCUAUUCCUUCUGAACCCCUCUCUGCUGACUGAUACAUGUCACCUGACGGGUUGCUCUGUACAGUGACACUUCUACUGCGAGGUCUCAUAAUUCUGCGUCGGUUAGUAGUCCACAACUCUACAACACAUCCCCAACUCACCCCGGAAGUUCUGUCAUGUAAAAGAAGGUAAAGUCAACCCAAGAUAUUCUUAUUGGUUGUGAUACAGCAGCUGUUUUUCGCAGCUACCACAAAUAAAAAAUUCAGUUUGAUGGUUUCGAGAAAAAACGAUUACUAAAGCAACUUUUUGGAAGAUGGUUAAACACGGAUUCCCAGAAUGCAAGAAGUGUAAAACAACUGUUUAUUCAUGAAGAAACAAAAGUAGAAAUCCCUCUAUUUAUUUUGUGUCACCCAUUAAAAGGCGCUUAGGCAAACAGUCAGUACUGAUGGAUAAUGUAACUAAGUCAUUGUUGUCUAACCCAGAAUAUUUCGCAUAGUAUGUUGCAUGUAGUACAUUUGAUUUUUGACCUGUAAAUGAAUUACUUGCUUCAAAUUGAAAGCUUGUAAUGGUUUUGCAUGACAAGCAUUAGCAUUCUGUUGGCAUGAAAUACUGUCUGUGUUACCUCUUUUCACUAUGUUAGCAAUAUUUCAUUAACAGAUUAACAAAGAACUAUAUUGGGAGUCAUAUGUAAUGUUUAUUAAUGAAAUUAUAACUCGUGUGGAAAACGAUGAAUUGUACAUGUUCUUGGCUGUAGAAAUAUUUGUCGUGGAACAGUCAGUGAAUGUCUAUAUUUAUUUAUGUGUGUAUUACAAAGUUUGGUUUGGAUGUGUGUGAAUGUGUAUGUUUUUGUGUGUUUUAGUCUCAAGUUUUUGAAACCGGCAAAAAAUCUUGUAAAGACAUUUUGUAAAAAUGGAAUUGUAAAUACAGUCUUAUGUUACAUGUUAUUUUUCCAUGGUAGAAUCUGUACAAAAUGCUAAGUAAUAAAAUAAUCCUUAACCAGUU